UAUAAAUCUGCUUCUAGAUAGCCAGAGUGGCUGCUGAGCCUUUUGUUUAUGUAACAAGUGAGGAUGACCCAACCUUCCCUCUCAGGAAGUGAGGUAAUAAGAGAGGGGCUUGAGCCCAUUAUUGCUUGAUAGCUUCUGCAAGGGGGGACAGUGAUGAACAGGUAAGAAGCAAGUGCCUAUGUUUGAGAAACUUGGAACGAACUUAGCAGGUAAUUUGGAGGGUAAGGCAUGAUAUUCUGGCAUGGGGGGGGUACAGUAAAAGGCUGCUUCGUGCACACUGAUGGUCUGUGUGCCUUACAUAGCUUUCAUUCCUUAUAUCCACCAAGGCAGCCUGUGUGGGACAUCACUUCAUUUAAGAGGAAUUAACCUGUUGAGAGUGCUCUUGUGUAGCUCAGUUGGUUAGAACAUGGUCUGAUAACACCAGGGUUGCAGGUUUGAUUCUCUGCUGUGGGACAGCUCCAUAGUUGGACUAGAUGUCAGGAGCGGGAAACCUGAUUUUAAGAAAUUAUAUUAAAUUAAUUUGGUUUGAUUUGUAAUAUUUUGGAAAAUUAAUAAAGUAAUAAUAAUUUGGGAGUUGGACUAGAGCAGGCACCCCCAAAACUCGCCCCUCCAGAUAUUUUGGGACUACAACUCCCAUCAUCCCUAGCUAACAGGACCAGUGGUCAGGGAUGAUGGGAAUUGUAGCCCCAAAACAUCUGGAGGGCCGAGUUUGGGGGGUGCCUGAACUAGAUUAUCCUCUGGGUCCCUUACAACUCCCUUCCAGAGGGACCAUCCUGCUAGGCUGCGAUACAUUGUAAUGGAUUGCUUUGAAGGGCUUCAGCACCAGAUGAAAAGAAAAGAAUAAUCGCAUUUUGCCUUAGUUUAAAUCCGCACUCAGCCACGAAGCUCACUGGGUGACCUUGGGCCAAUCGCCGCCUCUCAACCUAACCUACCUCGCAGGGUUGUGGGGGAUUAAACGAGGACAGGCGGAAGAACCAUGCGCACCACCUUCAGAUCCUUGGAGGAAAAAGUGCCCUAAAAAGUGCAGAGUUCAGCGGAGCUUCCUUCCUCCUUUGCAGGUAAAAGAAGUGGCUCUGGGGUUGCAGCCGACGCGUUUGCUCGGCGAGGCCAGCAGAGGUCUCCGGAUUAUUCCUAGCGGCCUUCGCAAAGGGCCGCCCUGCUGCUCCGAGGAGCCUCGCCGAGGUUGCGCUUCCGGCGCCUGACUCAGCUCGCGUCCGACGCCAGGAUUGGCUGCCUGGGGCCGGAUCGCAGGGAUCUCGCCGCAGUAACCCCUGAGCAGCCAGCGCGGGCGGAGAGAGGCGGCCGAUGGUGCGGCUCCUUUUUGCUUCUGGCAGACACACAGAGCCAGCUUCGGUUUUUGCGCGGCGGCGGCGGCGGCUGCGCGCGUCUUUGCGCGCGGGGCGCUUUCGCGUGUCGGGUCGGAUCUGCCCUGCAAAUCCCAGCUGCUCUCGCCCGUUGCUGGUGAGUAACCGAGGGAUCUCGGGCACUGCGCUGCGGGGAGGGCCUGUGGCGCCGACAUCGAGCACUUAAAGCGCUGCUUAUCGCCAGAUCUCCGGGGCUAAAUCCUUCCCUCGGCUGAUCCCCCGGGAAGGGAGCGGGGGUGGUUUGCGUUUCGCAAUCCCCUGCCGCGCCGGCUUUGCUCGAGUCUGGGUUGGCCUGGGCUUAGUCGCCUCGUUGUUUUGCCUCCACCUGGUCUCCUAUUGUUUUUCCGCUUGCAAAUGAUUGCCAGAAUGGUUUGUGGGGUUUUUAAAAGGUGUUGCCAACAAAGGAUCCCAGGAACAGCUUCUAGCUGUUUCUGUUUCAAGUCGGAGGAUCCGCCGCCCCCGAAGCUCCAUAACCCGUAACCCUCGUGACAACUGCGCGAGGUUUUCCGCAUUAAUCCUCAACAACAAUCCCGUAAAAUGGGUGUGUUUUAUAAUCCCCAGGUUGCAGAUAGGAGGCCGAGAAUGACAAAAUUAGGCCCUUCAGGACGACUACACCCAAACUGGAGCUUUCUGUGUUUGAUGGGCAUGGUUCUGUGAUACGGGAAAGGACCUCGAGGCCAAUUGCUUCAUCGCCUUUUUAAUGAAGUUUCUAGUUCUCAUGAAUGGAGAGAGGGGUUUGAGCAUGCAGCGGUCAUGCAGCUUGAAGGAAACAAUCGGUGUAGCACUCCCAGUGAGUGCCCGACAUCCAGGAUGUGUACCUCCUCUUGUCAGUACAAAAAAAGGAUGCUUAAAAUAUUUUCAAAGUGGCCUUUUAUGUAUUCCUGUGGCUCAGAGGUCCUCAAAACUGGUCCAUAAGAAGGAUUCAGGUGGUCUACAGACAGCCUGCUAAACAGUUGAGAAGGCACUGUUAUUUGGUGACAAAGAACAAGGCAGGUUUGGACAAGGCUAGAUUACAGUGGUACCUCGGGUUACAUACGCUUCAGGUUACAUACGCUUCAGGUUACAUACGCUUCAGGUUACAGACUCCACUAACCCAGAAAUAAUACCUCGGGUUCAGAACUUUGCUUCAGGAUGAGAACAGAAAUUGUGCUCCAGCGGCACGGCAGCAGCGGGAGGCCCCAUUAGCUAAUGUGGUGCUUCAGGUUAAGAGGAGUUUCAGGUUAAGUACGGACCUCCGGAACGAAUUAAGUACUUAACCUGAGGUACCACUGUAUUGAAUAGGCUGGCAGAGCCCUACAUGAUUGCAAUAUUCAGCAAAGGUUCCCAAUUAGCUACUGUGGUCCCCCUGUUUUUCAAAAGCCAAGCCAUGGAGCCCCUACUUUGGGGGGGGGAAUAGUAGGUUUUAAAUAUAUGUGAAGGGUGCUACAGUCCUGUCCUUGGACCACCAAUCUGGAACCACUGAUAGCACAAACCACUGAGCGUCCCAAAGGAAGGACCCAAGGCGUUGUGGCCAAUUGUUAUUCAGAGGCCUGCUUCAGGGGCCAAAGUCAAAGUGAAAAACGGCCUGCAGAGAUCUCUGCUAAUGGUAUUGCCUGUUAACUAAAGAAGUGAGACAACAAGCAGAGAUUUCCUGUAGUCGAUGUGUUUCACUUUGACCAUUGAAGAAGGCAUUUAAAUAACAACUGGCCAAAACAGGUCUGCCUGUUUAAAAAUAAAACCACCACAUAUGUCAGCAUAUGGAGAGAACAUCUCCUUUGUUUUGGGGUGCAGUUCCUAAACUGCAGUUCAGUUCUGUAUGUCCUCCUGUUUGUACAACGGCAGCAAAAAAGUGGUUUAAUAAUUUUCAAGUAUUUGGGGGGGGGGUAGGGAGUUCAAUAAUUGCCUGCUUUAGUUCUGUAUCACAAGAUGUUCUGAAGGGGUCCUUUCAACCAUUGUUAAGAGUUGGGGUGGAUGGGUUAUAGGAUCAUGUCCUCUUUCCUCUCUGUGUCUCCUCUCCUGCUUCAGCAGUAAUAAAGGAUAAAUGUCAGCAGUUUCUACUUAACAAGGAUUGAAGACCAUGCAUUAAACCAGAGUUUGCAACCUUUGUUAAGGAUGAGCUCUGGUUUUCCUUAGUCGAGGGUAGCACCACUGUUUGUAUAAUACUUAACUGCAGUUAAGGGGUGGGGAGGAAUUUGAGAAGGGAAUGCUUAAUCCUGUCAUCAGCUCUUGGUCUUUCUAACCACAGUUAAGAUGGCCCCUCUGUGAUUUCUGCUUUUCCUCUGACCAGCAUAUGUCUGCUCUUCCUCCUUGCCAAAAAUCGUCUGAAUUCUGCAAAUAGGGCAGGACAAAAACCGCCCGGCAACGUAAAUUUUCUGGGCUAAGAAUGUUGAUGUCGAUAAAUGCAAAAUUUCCAGAAUCACAGAUCAAAUGUUCCAAACAAUACAACUAUGCAAAUUAAAAUAUCUACUUGUGCAAUUUACAUAGUUGAUCUGUGUUUCUGGAAUUGGGUUUGUUACUUUUAUUUAUUUAUUACUUUAAUAUACCACCUUUACCUUCAAGGAUCUGAAGGGCGUGUACAUGGUUCUCCCCCAUCUCAUUCCCAUAACAACCCUGUGAGGUAGGGUAGGCAAAGAGAUGGUCACCCAGUCAGCUUCGUGGCUGAGUGGGGGAUUUGAACCCUGCUCUCCCAGGUCCUAGUCCAACACUCUAACCAUUACGCCGCACGGUUCCUUACAGUGUGGACUUCUAACUUGAGGAUGAACAAGCCACAAAGAUCUCCCAAGGUCAGGCAGGGUGAGGCUGUAGCCCUCUAGAUGUUGCUGGACUCCAGCUCCCAUCAACCUCUGCGGACAUGUCCAGUGUCCCAGGGAUGAUGGGAACAGCAAUAUCUGGAAGGCCGUCGGUUCCUCACCCCGUUCAAGACAAGCCGUGCAAUCCUGCACACUCUUCCUCACAAGCAGGCUUCCCUGUUUUCCGUGGGGCACGCCUAGAAUUGCAACCUACAAAUGGUUUUGCAGCGCAAGCUUUGGUAGACCAGAGCCCACCUGAACACAAAUGCCAAUGAGUAAUACUGAAUACCUUGCGGGUUCUUUUUCCCCUCUUUCCUUUCCAGCAGGUGAAAGGAUGGUGAACGAGGAGGAGGAAGGGACUUCUCAGCAGGGAGGCCCUAAGCCGGCAGAACUACACGGGGCGCUGUCGGAAAGCUGCCCCAGGCUGGCCUCCCCAGACCUGGAGCUGGAGGGAGAGGAACUCAGCGAGAGCAGUUCGGAGACGGACCCCAGGAGCUCUGCCCAAGAGCUGGAGAACGACUCCUUUCCCAUCAAUGGAGACGCCCUGGGCAACGACGCCGGCGGCGCCUGCCCGUCGCAGACGCAGUAUAUCUGCCCUGUUUGCGGGGAGUGUUUCAACGGGAGCUCCUGCCUUUCCGAACACCAGCAGGUCCACAAAGAGGAGAAGCCGCAUGUAUGCCCCGUGUGUGGCAAAGGCUGCAGCCAGCAGGCGGAACUGGCCGACCACAUGCAGACGCACACGGACGAGAAGCCCUUCACCUGCCUGGAGUGUGGGCGGAACUUCCUCUUCAGCUCCGACCUGGUGUCCCACCAGAAGGUCCACACCGGAGAGAAGCCCUACAUCUGCUUGGAGUGUGGGAAGGGCUUCUCCCAAAGCUCCCAGCUCAUGUCCCACCGCCGGGUCCACACGGGCGAGAAGCCGUACGAGUGCAUCAUCUGCGAGAAGAGCUUCCGCUCGAAUUACGACCUGGUCAACCACCAGAGGAGCCACACCGGAGAGAAGCCCUACAUCUGCUCCGACUGCGGCAAGAGCUUCACCCGCAGCUCCCACCUGAUCUCCCACCAGCGGGUCCACACCGGGGAAAGGCCCUACCCCUGUGGGAUCUGCGGGAAGCGCUUCCGCGACUGCUCGCACCUCAUCCGGCACCAGAGGGUGCACACGGGCGAGAAGCCGUACGAGUGCUCCAUCUGUGGCAAGAGCUUCCGGGUCAACUACGACCUCGUGACCCACCAGAGGAACCACACGGGCGAGAAGCCCUACGCCUGCCCCGACUGCGGGAAGGGCUUCAAGCGCAGCUCCCACCUCAUCUGCCACCAGAGGGUCCACACCGGGGAGAGGCCCUACCCCUGCGGCAUCUGCGGCAAGAGCUUCAGCUACAGCUCCGACCUCAUCAAACACCAGAGAAUCCACACCGGCGAGAAGCCUUAUGAGUGCCACAUCUGUGGCAAGAGCUUCCGCAUCAACGCCGAUCUCGUCACCCACCAGAGGAUCCACACGGGAGAGAAGCCCUACACCUGCCCCGACUGCGGGAAGUGCUUCGCUCGGAGCUCACGGCUCGUGUCCCACCAGAGAGUCCACGUCAAGGAUGGGAGCCUUGGGGCUUCCCUGGCCGAAGCCGACACGUCUCCCGUGGCCGCUACCUGGUCGCCAGCUCCUGAUGGUCUCUGGGGCCCAGGAGAGAAGGGAGCGAACGCGUCCCUUAAGCAGAGCGGUGACCCUGCGGCUCUCGCCGGCCUUGCAAAUUCUAGUCAGCCGGGUGAUGCGCUUCCAGAAACCCAGAUAGUUGAGAUCAAGAUGGAGGACCCGUCUUGAUUCGCGAGGCAUGGGGGAGCUGAGUGGCAAAGGGGCUGUUUCCGAUGGACCCUUCCUUUCCUGCGACGGAAUAGUAACAAGCGCCAGGGGGAUCUUCCUUCCGCUUUUAAUCAUGCAGUUUUAAAGAGGAGGUUUGAAUGAGCCUUGCCUUGACUGAGGGACGGAGUCGAGGAUCUGUCUCUCCCGUUGUGUGUAUCAGAGCAACUGUGCGGUGGCAAGAGCCAGAGCAAGACGUUCCCCACGGUUUGGUACCGCCAGCCAUGUCUCAAAUUAAAAGCCAUUUUUUGGGG